UCCGCAUCGGUUCGAUGGCAGAGCAUGACCAAUCGAGCUCCGGGCCGGACGUUCAUGCGGCGGGGCACAAAAUGAGGAGGUCAAAACAUCGAUCCAGAUGCCCGUGUCGACGCCGGAUUUGCGAGCAUAUGCCGUCAGCUUUCAUCAUCUUGUGCUCGACUGCAUCUUGGUAACAAGGCAGAGCAACGUGGUCAAGCUUUCAACUGCAGUUGACCUGUAAACCGUGCAGACUUGAUUUUGCCCGACAAAGUGGUGCAAGCGGCACGGACACUUGCAGGAAUCGGGGCGCCCCCACCAUGACUUACGAAUCUCAGGUGUCGUUCACCUUGGAUACCAUCUGCCCAUGGACAUAUCUGGCGAAAAAAAGACUGGAUGAAGCACUUCGCCGAUUCCGUCAAAGUGAUGACGCCAAAAGUACAACCUUUGUGAUAAAGUACUUCCCGUAUCAGUUGUAUCCAGAAGCCUCGAAAGAGGGGGAGGAUAAAUCCGAAUGGUACAAGAAGUCGCGCUAUGGCGAUACUGAAGAUAAAUUGAAGAUGUAUACCACGUUGAUGACAGCCUACGGUGAAAGUGCAGGCAUCAAGUUCAAAUUUGGUGGGACCAUCGCGAACACCUUGGAUGCGCACCGAGUGAUCCAGCAUUUUCAGGAAGAAAAGGGUUCUGAGACUGCUGAUAAGAUCAUCAAUUCGUUGUACUCUCAAUUCUUCGAGAACGAGAGAAACCCUUCAUCGCACGAGACACUGCUGAAGGCGACCUCUAAUGCUGGAAUUCCUGAAGAUGAAGCGAAGGCGGUGAUUGAAGACAAAAAUGAAGGUCUUAUGGACGUCACGGCCUUGAUACGCGAACAGGCAUCAAACGGAGUUGAUAGCGUUCCGACCAUUAUCUUUGAAGGUAAGAGAAGAGAUUUUACGCUGAUUGGGGCCAAAGACGUGGAAGAGUAUGAGAAGGUGUUGCAUCAAGUCGCGAAGGAAAGCAAGUAGUAGUUGGGUGUGAUAUUUGAAUAAGGUGUAUUGAUCCCUGAGUCUGGAAUGUGGCCAACCUGUUCCUCCAUCUGACUGGCAAACACCCCACGUUCUUUGUAUGCAUAGAAUGAUACUCGAC